AUGGAUAGCGAUCGACCUACGGGACCGGAAGAUCAACCGACAGCAACCAGCAGAUCGACGAGGGAGUGUCACCGAUCGGCGAUCGAGAUGGAUCGGACUCAAUCGGUGAACGGGGCGAAAGUACAGGCGACGAGGGGUCCGAAGGCGAUCGGACGACCAAGGGAGCCGGUCGGCCCUAGUGUCCCACGCCGACGAUCGACGACCAGGAGACUGAUCGGCGAUCAAGGUGUCGACCGCCAAGAAGAAGAUCAGCGAUCAAGGUCUCGACCACCGAUCAAGAAGUUGAUUGGUGAUCGACUGGAAGAUCGGAGGAACCAACAUGAAGAUGGGUCGUAA